GAAAAUGUUAAUGUUGUAUUGGAUUAAAGUUAGUAAAUCUUGCUUUUAAUUUCAGGAUUGAAUUCAUUUCAAUAUGGGAUUAACAUGGCGUUUACGUUUAUCAUAUGCAAUCGGACAUAUUUUAAAUGAUUUGUGCGCAUCUGUAUGGUUUACAUAUACUUUGGUAUUUUUUAAAUUUGGUAUUGGUAUACCAACAAGUAUGGCUGGUUUAAUAAUACUCGUUGGCCAAUUGGUUGAUGGUUUGAUGACACCAGUAAUUGGUCUACUUUCGGACAGAUUUUCAUCUCAGUCAUCUGUACCGUUGUUAAUAUCUUCUUCUUCACACUCUUUGUCAGCAUCAUCAUCAGUUACACGUAAUAAUUUCAAUGAUCGUUUGCAUGAUUCUAAUGACCAUUUAGCCAAUCAUAAUAAAAACUACAUGUCUACAGACUCUUCUGAUGUUAUUAAUUCUACUGGUAAUAAUAAUUCGCCUUUUUUCCAACGAUUCAACUCUGUUCUAAGAAGAUUUCGACCAUUUGGUCGUAAAAUAUGGCAUCUGUGCGGAAGUAUAUUAAUUAUUUUUUCAUUUCCUUUAAUAUUUGGUCCACCACUUGGUUCAUCCAAUAUUAGUACACUGGCGAAAAUGAUUUAUUAUUUACCAUUAGUGGCAAUUUUUCAAGCUGGAUGGGCUGCAGUUCAGAUUACUCACUUGGCAUUAAUCAAUGAAUUAUCUAUGGAAUCUAGUGAACGUACUUUAUUGACUUCCCUACGUUAUUUAUUCACAGUUCUUAGUAAUCUACUUGUUUAUAUUAGUACAUUUCUCCUUUUACAACAUCAAAAUCAUGUUGAUAAUAAUAAUAACAUUCGUAAUGAUACUAGUAUUAAAAAUUCAAUGAAUGAUAUGUUACCGUUGAGAAAAUUGCUUAAUUACAAUGAAGUUGAAUAUAUUAUGCUACCUAUGGUAAUGACUUCACACCCAUUAUCGAAAUGUUCAAAUUCCUCACUAUCUUCACCGUCCAUUAUUGAUUUCGGUAAAGAUGAUAUACCAGCUUUUCAAAAGUUAGGUUUUACAAUUAUUGGGGUUGGGGGAUUAACAAUGUUAUUAUUUCAUUUUGGAGUAAGAAAGAAAGAUUUUAUUCACAAUGUAAGACCUAUAACUGUUGUGGAUAAUCCUAAUCAUGAAUCUGUCAGUCAGAUAAAACAUCCUGCUUAUAUAAUUACUACAUGGAGAGAUUGGUUACGUUUACCAUUAUUUUGGAUUCUUGGCUUUUUCUACAUGUUUGUUAGACUAAUUGUCAAUGUAUCACAGGCUUAUUUAACAAUUUACCUUUUACACUCAUUACGUUUACCUAAAGUUACAAUGGCUUUAGUUCCUUUAACAGUGUACCUGACAAGUAUUGCUACUACUAUGGUACAAAAACCAAUACAGGAUCUUAUCAGUCGUGAAACAAAUUCCGGAAUUGGAUUAAUUUUUGUCACAAUAUUUUGUAUAUUAGUUAAUUAUCCUGGUAAUCCACCAAUAAUUCAUCGUAUAUACAUUGCUGCUGGUAUACUUGGUAUCGGUUGUACUAUUAUAUUAAUUACAUCAUUAGCAAUGGUAUCAGAUUUAAUAGGAAAAUAUCAACAACAUGGUGCAUUUGUUUAUGGUUAUAUGUCAUUUACUGAUAAAUUAGCUAAUGGUAUUGUUAUACAAAUUAUUGAAUUAUUAUGGAAUGAAUGUUCAUCAUUAACAUAUUAUCAAAAUGUUGAAUCCUAUGGUAUUGGUACAUUUGUUCUAUGUCAAUUUAUUUUUUUAUGUUUAUAUAAAUGGCAAAAAAAUGUGUAUAUUACAAAUGGGAAUUCAAUUCAUGAACAUGUAUAAUUUUUGAUGAAUAUGACCAUUGAAUUGGUUUGGUUUAGGAUUAGUUUAAUUUGGUUUAUGCAAUAUGUAUAUUCAUUAAAGAAUUUUAUAUUGAAUUGUUCACUGAUUAUGAGUGUACUUAUUUUUACAACUCAUUUUACAAUUUGUCUUUCCUCUCCCAACCACUUCCUUCCUUUCUCUUCUCUCUCUCUCUCUCCUUCUUCUUGAAUUAUACAAAAAGGUAAAUUGGUUUUGGUAUGUAAUUUAAGUAACAAUGUAAUUCAAUAAGCAUUUUACUUAUCAACUUAUCAAUCAUCAUUAUAUAUCAUAAAAUACAUCAUUAAACUCAAUGGCUUAUGAACAGUAUCUUAUCUUGUUUGUUACAAACAGUAAUGAAUAAACUUUCUUUUUCCAAAUGAAUAACUCAUUUCUUAUUUUGUUUUCUCUCAUCAUCAAUAAAGAAUACGUUUCAAUCAUUGGUUGAUUUGAUUUCAUAAUAAGAUUAAACAUUGAAUGAUCCUAUUUCUUGUAAACUCUGUAUUGUAAAUUAUCAUUUUUAUUUUUAUUUAUUUUAAAAUUUAUGUUCAUUUAAUCUGUUAAAGGAUAUUAGUUUAAAUGAAGAAAAAAAAAGAAGGAAGAGGCAAUAAUCAAAGGAGUUCAUAACUGAAAACAACUAAUUCUUACAUAAUUUGUUGCAAUAAUUAAUCAUCUAUGUAAUUUUAUUUUCGUUUUAAUUUUACAACCAUUGAAUUACAAACUGAUUACUAUUUCUUUCUUUGUUCAAAACCAAUGAACUUAGAGGCAGCAUUUCGUGGAUUUUGACGCCAACUUCAUUUAUUAAUAUGAUCAUACAGCAUUUUGACACGAUAGCUAAUGUCAAUUCAUGAUGAAUACCCUAAAUUUAAUUCCUAACCCUGAUUUCUAACUAAAGAUCCUAAUCUUAAUUAUGACCGCUUUUUAUUCUCAUAAACUGGGUAGAUAUUCUUGAGGUCAUUUAAGCAUCACUCAAAGGUCAUCCAUAAAUUAUAGUCUACCAUUCAUUCGAAGAGAAAAUAUCAAUUUAUAUAUGUGAUUGGAUUCUUUUAACAUUACUUGAUGUUUAAUAUGGAUUGAACUACUAAUUGCUAGUGUAUAUGUUAGAUGAGAGAAAUUAAAUAAAAAGAAAUGUAUUUUCAUUACGCUUGUUUGUUUCAAAGAAAAAACCUUCAAUGGAAUAUUUAAUACAGUGAGAUAUUUAUUUUUUUUUCUUCCAUAUUCCUCUUUUCUUUUAAAUAAAAUUUCCCUCCACAUUAAUUUUUCAUCGAUAUUAUCGUAUGUAUAUUUGAAAUUUAUUUUGUUUGUUCCAGUACGAAUUAAUCCCAGUAACAAUAAUGAUUGUGAGUACGGUUCUUUUUGUUUCAAAAAAAAAAAAGAAAACUUUUUUUACAUUAUGGUUGUUUGCCUACAAAUUUUUAAUGUAAAUCAUAUUUUAUGUCAUUUACAUUUUUUCUAUUGUUUAAAUAAAUUUGCGAAAUUUUUUUUAUUUUUAAAGAAAUUAAUGAUUGAAAACUAGUCGAUCUAUUAUGUUUAUUCUAAUUUAUUAUGUAUGAAAGAAUUUCAACCUAUCAAUAUUGUUACUAUAUUGAAUGGAACUUAUUCAAUGUUUAGACAAUGAAGGAUUGUACUGUUUUUAUUGAAGAUGUUUGUGUUAUAUUCUACAAUCCAAUCUGGUAAUGAUA